AUGGGCAGAGCCGGCCGCUACGACCCCAGGCUCGCGGCCAUGGUUGGCCCCGUCACCUCCCGUUCUAGAAGCAGGACGGGCUUCCCUUCGGCCCCCGCAACAACGGUCGAGAAGAGCACACCCCGGCCCUUGCCCAGAAGAGCCGCCAAGUUCGCCCUCGUCGCAGAUGCGCCUCGACUGGGGGCCCAUGGAAGGGAGGAACUGACCACGCGGCAGGGUACCGCAACAGAGGCGGUAGUCUCGGGGCCGCCGACUAGAAGGACGCGCAGGGGUGUGGUGGGCGUUCACGAAGGGUGUAUGAGGUGGGGCCUAGGGCACCUCCUGUCCUACCAUCAUGAUCCGAACACCUCGUCUCAUCAGCAAGCCUCCCUUCGCCUCCCUUCAGCAAACACCUUCGACUUCACUUCUCCGAUUGGCCGGUCCAUUAGCUUUUUAAUCCAACCAUUUCCUCAUCACCCAAAUCCACCCAUCGCCGCCUUCAAAUACCAACCAACCCCCACCGCAAACAUGCAGCUCAAGACCCUCCUCGUCAUCGCCUUCACCGGCCUUGCCAUGGCCGCCCCCCAGGCGCGCAAGAAGACCCAGGCCGAGCGCGUCGCCGCCGGAAGGGAACGAGGACUUAUCUGCAACGAGAGCGGCCGUAACGACGGUAUCGUCCUGUGCGGUGAUGGCCAGUCCGGGGAGACUUGCUUCAUCAACAAGGCUGGCGGUGGCAACUGCUUGUUUUAA